AUGGCGCAGCCAGCAGCGAGCAUAUCAGGACAAGCAGGAUCGGAUACCAUGCAUAUUGCUAUCGUCGGAGCAGGCAUAGGAGGACUGGCUCUAGCCAUUGGACUCACUAAUCGGGGCGUCUCUUACACAUUGUAUGAGUCGGCCGCGCAAUUUAGUGCAGUGGGUGCAGGGAUCGGCCUGGGGCCAAAUGCGCUUCAUGCGAUGGAAUUGAUAGACACAAGAUUCCGACAAUUGUACAAUCAAAUAUCUUCCGGAAAUUUGACGCCGAACAAGGAGCACAUAGCGAUGGAAGUGCUGUAUGCCGAAGAAGGAUUCGGCGCCAAACGGGGCUGGCAGCCGGCCCCGUUUGGGGCGGAGUUCUACACCCGAACCAGCGCACAUCGCCGUGAUCUCCUAGAAAUAAUGACCAGCUUAAUUCCGCAAGAGCGUGUACAGUUCAACAAAAGGGUCAAACAUAUCAAUCAGACGGGAGAGAACAGCAAAAUUAUUAUCACAUUUGAAGACGGCAGUAUUGCGGAGGCAGAUGCGGUUAUUGGAUGUGACGGCGUGAAGGGCCCGACGAGGCAAGCCGUCCUAGGGACACUAUACCCAGACAAGGUGCAACCUAUCUUUAGUGGCAAGUAUGUCUACAGAUCGAUCGUUCCAAUGGAAGAUGCCCAGCGGCUUCUCGGGGACCAUGCUGGAGACGCGAAGGCGUUUGUCAGCCAUAAAAAGAAUAUCAUGACGUUUCCAAUUUCACGCGGCACCGAGCUCAAUGUGGUAGCCAUCAAGAUGAUGGAUGGACCUUGGACACAUCCACAAUGGACCAAGGAUGUCACUAAGGAGGAGAUGGUGGCCGAUUUUGCGGAGUGGGCCAAACCAUUACAAUGGUCUCUAUGGCACCAUCCUGACACACCCACCUAUUAUAACGGACGAAUUUGUCUCCUGGGGGACUCGGCCCACGGCACUACGCCUCAUCAAGCUGCCGGCGCUGGACAAUGCCUGGAGGAUUCUCUUAUCAUGUCUCACAUUCUGGGUCUCGCCAAGAAUCGCUCCGAAAUUACCCACGCAUUCCAGGUUUAUGACAGUAUUCGACGGCCACGGGCGCAAGCAGUCGUAACCACGAGUCAAGAGGCGGGGACGCUCUAUACUUUCACGCAUCCGCAGUUGGGCACGGACUUGGCCGAGAUCGUCGCAAAUCUUAAUCAACGCUUUUUGUGGAUCUGGGAUCACGAUUUGAAAGCGGAUAUUGAGCUUGCCCGUCGGUGGUUUAUAGCCCUGGUACAGAUGUCUCAGUCACGAUUAUGA